CUUAAUAUCAGGCAUAUAGGUUAAUCAACUUCUUAAUAUCAGGCAAAUAGGUUAAUUAAUAAAUAUAGCUCCUGCCUGCAACAGUCCAAACCGAAAGUGAGGAAUGGGGGGAGAAGUGGAGAAGAUGGUGGCGGUGGGUCUUGUUUGGGGCGCAACUAACGCCCUAAUGCGAAAAGGGGCCAUCAUAUGGGAUCAAAAGCUCAAAUCCACGCCCCGACCGAGCGCACCCCGCCACCCACUAAUCAGUACGGUCAAGAACUGGCUCAACCUUUUACUGACUUGGCAAUAUUCUUUGCCUUUUGUAGUAAACCUCUCAGCUUCAGCCACUUUCUUUGCGAUUUUAAGUGACACCCCGAUUUCUUUAGCUGUACCUGUAACGAAUGCGACGACGUUUGCUGCCACUGCUGUCUUUGGGAUGCUCCUUGGAGAAGAGAUCCACGUGGGGUUAGCCUUGUUUGGUGAUAAUGAUACUUGCCUGAAGAUUGAUCAAGGACAAGCGGAAGAUAAUCUCCUUGAAUUGUAGAAUGAUGAGAACCCCAGUCGACGUACAUGCUUUCAUUUAUGCUGCCAUCAACCGUACUCGAGUGGAAUGCAAAUGCUGACAGGAACAAGAUUAGACAUAUGACUAGAAAACUUGCCAUUUUGAUGAG